AUGAAGUCCUUCAUCGCCCCCAUGUCUCUCGUCUCCCUGGCUCUGUCCGCCGUGGGCGAUGCCUCCACCGUCCCUGCCAACGGAGCCCUGAAUGCUCGCAGCGUCCAAUUCUGCGACCAGUGGGGCACAACCACCACUGACAAGUUCAUCAUCUACAACAACCUCUGGAACCAAGCCAAGGAUACCAACGGCAAGCAGUGCACCACUCUCGACUGGAGCAACGGCAACGCCGUCGCAUGGCACACCUCCUACUCGUGGGGCGGUGCCUACACGAACCAGGUCAAGAGCUACGCCAGUGCCGCGCUCAAGUUCACUCCUCAGAUCCUGAGCACCGUUAAGAGUCUUAAGUCCGCCUGGACCUGGAGCUACUCCAACACCAACAUCGUUGCCGAUGUCGCGUACGACUUGUUCCUCAGCUCUACUCCUACCGGCAGUGAGGAGUACGAGAUCAUGGUCUGGCUUGCCGCUAUCGGUGGUGCCGGCCCUAUCUCCAGCACCGGAAAGACCAUUGCUACCGUCUCUCUUAACGGUGUGGAGUGGGAUGUCUGGGUCGGUCCCAACGGCAAUAUGACUGUCUACAGCUUCGUCGCUAAGUCUGCCGUUACCAACUUCGGUGGUGACCUGCUGUACUUCUUCAACUACCUCACCCAGAACCACGGUCUGCCCACCGACAAGUACUUGAAGACUGUCCAGGCUGGCACUGAGCCCUUCAUCGGUACUGCUGAGCUGACUGUUUCCAACUACUGGGUUGAGCUUCUGUAA